GCACGUACUUUUCAUUCAAGUAGUAUUUGAAUAAGGAAGAUGGCGGCCGCAGCAGUGGUUGAAUUCCAGAGAGCUCAGUCUCUCAUUAGCACGGAUCGGAAUGCGUCUAUCGACAUCCUUCAUUCAAUCGUGAGACGAGACGUUCAGGAGAACGAUGAGGAGGCUGUUAGGGUUAAAGAGCAAAGCAUCCUGGAGCUGGGAACACUCCUGGCAAAGACGGGGCAGGCUGCAGAACUCGGAGGCUUGUUGAAGUUUGUGAGGCCGUUCCUGAUUUCCAUCAGCAAAGCCAAGGCAGCCCGGCUCGUCCGCUCUCUGCUGGACCUUUUCCUGGACAUGGAGGCAGCGACUGGGCAGGAGGUGGAGCUGUGUCUGGAAUGCAUCGAGUGGGCAAAGGCAGAGAAGCGGACCUUCCUACGACAGGCUCUGGAGGCUCGGCUGGUCUCCCUCUAUUUUGAUACCAAAAGAUACCAGGAGGCCUUGGCUCUCGGCUCCCAGUUGCUGCAGGAGCUGAAGAAGAUGGACGACAAAGCGCUCCUUGUUGAGGUUCAGCUGCUCGAAAGCAAGACAUACCACGCACUCAGUAACCUGCCCAAGGCCCGCGCCGCCCUGACCUCGGCCAGAACCACGGCGAACGCCAUUUAUUGUCCCCCAAAGCUCCAGGCGACGCUGGACAUGCAGUCAGGGAUCAUUCACGCAGCAGAGGAGAAGGACUGGAAGACGGCCUACUCCUACUUCUUUGAGGCCUUCGAGGGUUAUGACUCCAUCGACAGCCCCAGAGCCAUUACAGCACUCAAAUACAUGCUGCUGUGCAAAAUUGUGCUCAGCUCACCAGAGGAGGUACAAGCCCUGGUCAGCGGCAAACUGGCCCUGCGAUACGCCGGACGUCAGACAGAUGCACUGAAAUGUAUUGCACAGGCCAGCAAGAACAGAUCAUUAGCAGAUUUUGAAAAGGCACUGACAGAGUACAAAGAAGAACUAAGAGACGAUCCGAUCAUUAACAUUCACCUGGCCAAACUGUACGACAAUCUGCUGGAACAAAACCUCAUUCGAGUCAUUGAGCCGUUUUCCAGAGUACAGAUAGCACACGUAUCAGAUCUUAUCAAAUUAUCAAAGGGUGAUGUUGAGAGGAAGUUAUCACAGAUGAUUCUGGACAAAAAGUUUCACGGAAUCCUUGACCAAGGUGAAGGUGUCUUAAUCAUAUUUGAAGAACCUCCGGUGGACAAAACAUACGAAGCAGCCUUGGAAACAAUUCAGAACAUGAGUAAAGUCGUGGACUCACUUUACAACAAAGCCAAGAAACUGACAUAGAGCCGACUCCCCCGCUGGCCGUGAGAUGGAAGAACUGUGCGUGUGCGUGUGUGUGUUUUGACCAGCAUGUGUAACAUUUUUAUUUUUAAAGGGGACAAACGAGGGAGAAAAACAAACAGGAUUCCCCCAUCCUUGAUUUUCAAACGGACAGCUUCAUCACUUGUUUGCUUUUUCCUUCCUGAUUUUGAUAACUCUUCAGGAUUCUGUACAACAGUGAACGGCCAACUCAGGCCAUCAGGGAAUAUUGCAUAACUGCAUUAAAAAUCAGAGAAUAAUAGGUGUAGGAACACGUAUAUCUGCUGUAAGGCUGGCCCUGCCAAGCCUUCAGCUGACUCCAUUGCAACCUCACAGGUGCAACAUCGACCUCUGUGGCCUUUUGCUUGGCAACCUGCAGAGCAAGGCCUCCAUUUUAUUUUAUUUUAUUUUAUUUCAUUUCAUUUUUUUUCUUCAGAAGCGAACUGGGACAUUUGUUAUUCCUUCAGGAUGCCAACAGUUGACUCCCCUCUCUAUUUCAGCUUUAUAUAAUUUGGUUUCUAGUUUUAGUGUUUUUGCUGAAGGAAAAUCACAUUGUUCCACAUAUCUGCACCCCCCUCCCAGCCCGUUUUUAAGUUCUCCGAACAGACAGAACGCCAUUUCACCAACAGUGCCACCUUCUUUUGGCGCUUCGGUUUGCCUCAAACGUUCGGGCGCAAAAUGAAAUCGCCGGGUAGAAGUGGAGUUGUUUCCAUUGCCUCCGAAAGUCUGCGGGUUUUCCCAAGUGAACACUUCUCCAUCGUUAGUUCUUAGCACUAGCCCAGUCUGCUAGUAACCAAACAAUUUGUAUGAGUUUGAUUUGGUUCUUUCUUUUUUUUGUUUUUCUCUCUCUUAUAAAGACAUUUUCAAAAAUAAAUAUUUUGUAUUUUAA